AUGUCUUAUGUGACUGGACCAACCGGCACGGAGCCUUCUUUGAUUCUGACGUCUGAGAGCCCGGAGUGCAACCAGGUGAGCUCUCAGGGCGACCUGAGGGUGAUGGGUCUGAUCCUGAGCAUGGCCGCCUGCCUCAUCAUCUCCACCAACCUCCUGGUGGCAGCUGCUCUGCUGAAGCUCCUCCUGAAGAGGAGCAGCCAGAGCUGGGCCUUGGUCCUGAACUUGGCCCUGGCGGACACCUUGCUGGGUGUCGGCGUCACCGGCCUGGCCGCAGAAGAUUUCAACCACAACGCCAUUCGGAGCCAGCUCGUCCUUCCUACAAACGCUUCAGCUCCGCAGGGGAAGAGCCGCUGUUUGCUGCGAAUGGCCUUCGUGACGUCGCCUUGCAUGGCGUCCAUCUUGUCCAUGUUCCUGAUUUCCUUGGACCGAUACGCCGCCAUCAAGAUGCCCCUGCGCUACUUCCUGCUGUCCAGGAAGGGGACCGCAGCCGGGUCUCUUGUGGUUCUGUGGGUCAGCUCCAUCACUAUGGGGUUUCUGCCAGUCGUGGUGCAGGAGCUGCAGUCGAAGAGACCUUACGACGGCUUCUGCGCCUUCUUCUCCGUCACCCACGACAUCGCCAUCAUCGUGCUGUACUGCCUGCUCUUCUUCCCGGUGCUCUCUCUGUUCAUCUACAUCUACCUGGACAUCUUGAAGAUCGCCUGCAGCCACCAGAAGCAGAUCUCUCAAAUUCAACAAGCCAGCUCCCGGAGCGACGACCAACAUCUGGGUCCUCACCAGUACCAGCACUUUCAGCUGAGGAGUGGCUACUGGAGCCACGUCAAGGCCUUGAGGCUGGUUGCAGUGCUUGUUGGAUGCUUCUUAGUCCUCUGGUGUCCUUUCUUUGUGGUGUGCAUCGUGCACAUUCUGUGCAAGAAGUGUGGACUCAAGGAAGUGCUGGAGAACUAUCUGUGGCUGCUGGGGCUCUCCAACUCACUGAUAAACCCUCUGGUUUAUGCUUUCUGGCAAAGAGAGGUGCGGCUGCAGCUGGCAGACAUGUUUUCCUGCAUCAGCGGCAGGUUGCUGGCUGCUGGACCUCCGAGUGUGACGGAACGAUGCCACCAGCUGCCUCCUCUCCAAACCCGAGCUUGUGUUUCUGAAGGAGACACCCCCAGCCCCUCCAUGGUGCAGCCAGUUAGCAGCUCCAAGGCUCACGGUGUGUCGCUGUCAGACACAACCAGCUUCUAA